UUGUGUUACAUAACAUGUCCAAGUAGAGCUCUCUUUUUUUUUUCCCUCCUCGGACAACGUGACAACCCAUCAGGAAGAUUUUCACGCAGGAAAACUUCAUCAUGAUUUUCCAUGUGCUUUUCCAAUGCUUGGACAUUAGCAGCUGGCUGCUGUUUGGUUUUGUUGUGCUGCUGUUGACAGAUGUGGUCCGAAACCGGAGACCUCACAGUUUCCCACCCGGACCCUGGGCCGUGCCUUUUCUCGGGAAUGUCUUCACCCGUGCCGACGACAAAUCUUUGGAGAAUCUCGCAAAGAAGUACGGUCCGGUGUUCAGCCUGAGGAGAGGCAGCCAGAGGAUGGUGUUUAUUUGGGGUUAUAAGAUGGUCAAAGAAGCUCUCGUCACCCAGCUGGACAGCUUUGUUGAUCGUCCCAUCGUCCAGCUCUUCCAUGAGUUCUUUAAAGGCAUCGGCAUCGCCAUGAGCAAUGGCUACCACUGGAAGAAGCAAAGGAAAUUUGCCAACAUUCACCUUCGUUACUUCGGAGAAGGCCACAAGUCACUAGAAAACUACAUUGAAGUCGAAUGUAACUUCAUUUGUGAAGCGUUCAAAGACGAACAAGGAAAGCCGUUCAACCCUCGGUACACCAUAAUAAAUGCAGUGAGUAACAUCAUCUCAUCUGUGGUCUUUGGACGCCGCUUUGAGUACAGUGACGGGACCUUUCGCAAGUUCCUGGAGUUGGACAAUGAGGCCAUCGCACUCGCCACCUCUGAGGUUAUACAGGUUUACGACGCCUUCCCCCGUCUGCUACAGUAUCUGCCUGGUCCCCACCAGAAGGUGCAUGCCAACUACAGGGAGAUCAUGGUCUUUCUGCGGAAGGAAGUGGAGAAGCACAAGGAAGAGUGGAACCAAGAUGAACCCCGGGAUUAUAUUGACGUGUACCUUGGUGAGAUAGAGAAGGGGAAGGAAGACCCUCAGGCCGGCUUCAACAUUGAAACCCUGCUGGUUUGCAUGCUUGACCUUGUGGAGGCCGGCACAGAAACCUCAGCCACAACCUUGCGCUGGGCUCUAGUCUACAUGCUGCACUACCCAGAGAUGCAGAACAAAGUCCAGGCGGAGAUCGACAGGGUGAUCGGACAGGCUCGCCAACCUACGUUGGCUGACAGACCCAACAUGCACUACACGGAAGCCGUCAUCCACGAAACUCAAAGGAUGGCGAACAUUGUUCCCUUUGGAUUCCCUAAGAUGGCCAGUCAAGAUGCUACAUUGGGAGGAUACGUUGUCCCAAAGGGCACAGCCAUCACCACCAUCCUCACAUCUGUGCUUCAUGACAAGAAUGAGUGGGAGACACCAGAUACCUUCAACCCUCAACAUUUCCUGGAUUCAGAGGGCCACUUCCGCAAAAGAGAUGCAUUUCUGCCGUUCUCAGCAGGUAAGCGAGCGUGUUUGGGGGAGCAGCUGGCCAGGAUGGAGCUCUUUCUGUUCUUCACCGGUCUGCUGCAACGCUUCACCUUCACUGCCGUUCCGGGGGAGAUGCCCAACCUGGAGGGCGUGAUGGGCUUCACGCGUUCCCCUGAGGAGUUCAGGGUGCUUGCAGUGUUACGUUGAUGUCCUUCAUCCUCUUCCAUCUCAUCUCCUCCCCACCUAACCUCAGCAGUUACACGUCUCCCUUAGAGAUAGCUGUUCAGCCUACAAAGCCCGCUAUUAAAACACCUCCAAAAACCCCAAACAAGGUUUCAUGGUUU